AUGGUCACCAUUGUAUUUCCUCAUCCUGCGGAAGACUUUCCAGAUUUGAAGAUCGCUGGCGAAUUUACCGAUUGGAAAGGUGUGCCCAUGAGUAUUAAUGCCGAAACUGGACAAUGGGAAUAUAAAAUCGAUGAAUCUUCUAUAGCCAAACAUAAUGAUAAGGAUAAGGUACAUUUCAAGUUUAUAGAUCACAAUGGUAACUGGUUUGCCGAUGAUGAGUAUGCGAAGGAGAUUGACGAGCAUAGCAAUGAGAAUAAUGUUGCCACUUUAGAGACCCAUGAUUAUGAGGGAAGCGUAAACACAAAUAGUAAGGAGGGUGUCGAAUCUGCGCAAGAAGCAAACAAUGAUGGAUUAGGGUUGUAUUAUGAAGGUCCUGAGACUCCAACUCCGUCCUUAAAAGGCAACACGACAAUUGCUUCUUCUAAAGCAGGAAGUUCACAAAUCGAACAGGCACCAAAAGAAGAAGCUGUCAGAAACGGAAGGAAACUCGAUCAUACUCCACUCAAGGAAGCUGCAGCAGAAGAAGAUUUUAAGACGGAGAAAGAGCUUUCUCCAUUCUUUCCAGAACAACAAGAGGAGAACAAGCGGGACGAAGAGUUAGAUAAUCUUUCUGAAGGUAAUGAUAACACAAGGGUUAAUGAAGAUACAGACGUAACUGAUUCGAAUGAAUCGGAACAUGAGAUUGAUGGUUCCGACACUGAAAAUACUGAUAUAUCCGAACAAGAAGAAAUACAUAAAUCAGAUAAGCUGGUCACUCAAGGUGCUAAUUCAAUUGUUAAAAAGGACGACAGUAAUACUGAGGAUUAUGAAAGUGUCUUGGAAAAGCUUCUUGGAGCGUUAGGACGUUUCUUCGGAUCAUGGUUCUCUUGGUUGACAACGAAAAUGUCAGGUACAGAGGCAGCUUAA